UAGUAAUUACUGAAUAGGCUUUUCAGAUUGCCCUUCAAGAUCUCAUUGCUGGUCGCUAUCAGGCUGGGAACGAUGCAACGCUGAAUAGGUUUCCACCAUUGCCUCUUGUUGUUCGUCGUUAUAUGAUAGCACCCGCAGCUUGGCAUGAUAUGCGGGUGAUAUUGCAUCUGAGGAAUCCCUUCAAUACUCAAGUUCGGUCACCUGAGACUUCCAUCAGAUACCACUGCACAUACUAUAAAGCUCACGACUUCGAAUGUAUCAUUCCUUCACGGUCUUUCUUUCUCUAUUUUUGAUUCGAUUCAGCGGCUUGAUUUGCCCUUCCUCGUCCCUAUUAUUUCGCCCUUUCCAAUUCUUUGACCUCCCUCGACUUUGUUGACCUGGUGUCUCCUCUCAUAUUUCAGAUCGCGCUUUCUUCAAUCGUUAACUGUCUUUCGAUCGCAAUGGCCCGAAUUAUUUCUGCUGCCCUUUUCGUCCUACUGGCUGUUUUCAUCCUGCUCGUUGAUGCUGCCCCCUUGAAAUCACGUCAAAUAGGAGAUGUCCAAUGUAACGUUGCUCGUCUGCAGAUUGUCUCCGACUUGGCGGAGACCGGAAACCUGCUGAACAAGAUUAAUGGAAACGACGCCGCCACCACCUCAGCCGUUUCCACAGCUCAGUCUGGUUUGUCUAGCGCUGGGGAUGGAAUCAAAACAAUCGCAGCCGCGCUAAUCGAAGGCCAAACCGCUCCCGCCGAUGCGCGAGACCAGACGGCGGAUGGGUUGCAGACGGCGCUGACUGCUCUAAGCGGCCUUAAUUCGACCGACCCCGCUGUGGCCAGCACUCUGAGCAAGCUCAACGAAGCCAUUUCUGCCGGUCAAUCUGUUGUCUCGGAUUGCAAUUGAGAGCUUGAAGCUCCGCAGAGCUGUAUGAGGAGAUUGAUCCGGACUGCGCCUGCAUGGGGUAGGAAGUGAUUCGGAUAUGGACUCGAUAUCAUAUUGGACUCGCAAUCGAUUCGACCGUAUAGUAGUUAGAAGUUUGUCAUGGGCGCUAAUAUUCAAGUGGCUAUGAGCGCUUG